AUGGGUAGGGAUAGUGUACCGGCGAUAAGACCUGCAAGUAAGAAGAGCAAGAAGUGGAGAAUCAGAGCGCUAGUGAAGCCGGGCGGCGUGAACCCUGACAAACAGGAGGAUGCCGUAUCUCAGACCGGAAACAAGGGCUUGUCCGAGAUGAAUGCUUAUGGGUACUCUGUGCUCCAGCUGGUAAUGAUGGAUUCGUUCAUAUUCGUAACCGACAUGGGCCAAAGCGGUCAGACAGAUCGCAGGCAGAAGCCAAAGUUGAAGCGUCGCCGUGGGGCUUGUGAUUCUUGCAGACAAAGGAAAGUUCGAUGCAACGGCGAUCAACCGUGCAAUCAAUGCCAACGGUGCUCCCUUGGAUGUCAUUAUCGAAGUUUGGGUCGACAACGACGGCUCUCAUCCGCAGCCUGUUCUGAUCCCACAGUGAUGGAGGGUCCACCAGUACACCCUGAAUCUAUCCCAGCCCCAGCUUCUACCAGGAACAUGCGCCCGAUACAUCCAUCAAAUUCGGAACCUGCGCUUGAAGUCAUAGAUAAUUCGCAUCAGUUGCCGCCUGAGGCAAGCCAUAAUCAGUUCACAACAAUGGCCGAAUUUGAAGGAGACUGGGACUGGGAAAGCCUACUCAUGUAUAGCAACCAAGAAGAGGAUGCACAUGUGACUAGCAGCCCUAUGGGUUCAACCGCUGAGACCGCCUUCGCCCCUUUCGAACCUGCGGGGGUUCGAAGUGAUGCUGGUCCAUCAUUGUCAUUCGACGGUACACGGUACCGUGAAGAUAAACCGACAGGGUUUACCGCAGAUUUAGUGGCUUCUGACCAAGUAACACAAGGCCAUUCGAUCACAGGAAAGCUUCAUUCACUUGUGCUCGAGGAGGACAUUGACAUGAGCAGACCACAGCGAGCGAAGCUUAUACAGGUCCUUGAUAGGCUGGCAGCUGGUCGAUUCCGGCUGCUACAUGGAGAAAGCCAUGGAAACACUUCGUCAGAAAAGUCUGAAGAAGGAACAGAGAAUUAUAGCCGAGAAUUCGCCUACAAAUGUAUAGACGCUUCCUAUGUCGACCCCCAAGGUGUACCAACGCUCCUCGAUAGAGAAGACUUAGAAAGACUGAUCGACCGUGUAAUGGAUAAAGCAGCCGUUUUCCCUGCUGGUCUAACACUUCUCAAUGCUAUUCUCGCCAUUGGGUCCCAUUGCCUCAAUUUAAAAGACUCUACGAGUUCAGCAUCAAGGGCUAAUUAUCCAGUGUCCCAGUUCUUUGACAAGGCAUUGAAGUUUAGACAUCAAAUACCCGCUGAAGCAUCCCUAGAAAAGCUUCAGUCCUAUUUUGCCAGUAGAACAGGGUCCAUUUUGGCAUCUUCGCUGAUAGCGGAGGCGACCUGUUGUGCUCAGGGUCUUCGUCUCAACAGUACCCCCGCGAUCCAACGGACACAUGCUGGUCCUAUCGAGCAAGAGACUGCGAGGCGCGCUUUUUGGUUUCUAUACUGCCUUGAGAAGCCGCACUGUCUCAGAGAAGGUACCUUUCCAUUGGUCAACGAGGCUUUCAUUGACCAUACCCCACCAAGGCUCCUUAAUUCAUUCGGUAAAUCGGACUGGCUCUUGAUCAACAGCCGGUACGCUGGUUUGUGCUCUCGUAUACUCAGACGGCUAUACGGUGGGGGCUCUUGUUGUUGCGAAGGCGAGUGCAGUGACACCGUCGACUCCAUUGAGAUCCUUGAAAGGGCCCUGAAAGCUUGGGGAAAAGAGCUCCCAUUCCCUUGCGAUACUCCUCCGAGUAACAGAAUGAUGAAUUACUCGACCCUGACCUGUACAGAUCGCCGGCUCAGACUCAGCAAUCUGUAUAGGUACCACGGUGCGGUGAUUGCAAUCCAAAUCCUGCAGUCAUGUCAGAGCAACACUCAGUGGGAUGAGGAAAUAUGUUGUCAGUCAGCUCGAACUAUUCUAAGUGCCUGUUACUGUAUCAGUCUGUCCGACGUGCAGUAUGACUGGUCGCUGUAUUAUUUCCCAUCCAUCGCCACUUCAUCGGGUUUCUUUGGCAGACUAUCACUCGACGCCGAUGUGCCAUUUGAUGAAAUCACCGAACUGAUCAAGUUCGCCCAGCAACAUCUGAAAGAUGGAUGCAUAGGAAAAUGA